CUGUUUUUUUGUUGUUGUGGGGCACACUGUAGACUGACAGUUUGGCUUUAUUCAAACUUUUAAAUAGAUAUAACGAUUGUGAUGCAAUGCCUGUGUUACAUAGUUAUAGAGAUGUGAUAUUUCUGCAAUGGUCUGAUAACAGAUAGCUGUUGGGUUCGCUAAAGACAGGAUAAUAGAAGGAGUGAAAGGGACAUGUGUACUGUAUCUCUAAAUCCCAGUGUUGAUAGUGAUAUUGAUCAUUCAAAUGCAACAUUAUCUCAGAGAAUGGGGUAUUUUUCUUAGCUUAAGACAUUUAACCUAGAUCUUAUACAGAGGAAAUGGCACAUUUCUCAGUUCCUCUUCUGUUCAUCUAUAGGUGGACAUCUCCUGUAUUCAGUCUGGUACAGCACAUGGUGGACUUGGAGAGACAUUUCCCCCUUAUAGGAAUAAACAAGCUAACCACAUUCCAGUCUCCAGCCAUAACAUCAUUCUCCGUUCAGACAGAGGCAUCCUCAGAAUAGCCCUUCUCUAUAUGUCCGACCCAUCCCAGACCCCUCAUGAUGUGUUGGCCUGAGGUGUCCUCCCGACCAUCCCAACCACCACAAACACAACGCUUACCCCAAAUGCCUGGGAUGGUUGGGAUAGCUGAUUGAAAGCCCAUGUGUUGGUUACAGUGGGUGUCCUGUUCAGAAGUUCUGUCCUGAAGCUUUGAAGACUGAGGACUACCCAGCCAUCUCAGUGGCACCUAAAAAAAUACAACAGCAGCUUCUAACCUCCAACUUUAUCCCUCACCAAGUGGACUCUCUCUCCAUUGUAAAACCCAACCCCGCACACUCACGUGUAGCGUCCCGACAACGCCACGGUCGCAAGAGGCGACAGACACGAACGUCACCAUGAACGUCACCUCCCUGUUCUCCUUCACCAGCCCGGCCGUCAAGCGCCUCCUUGGCUGGAAACAAGGAGACGAAGAGGAAAAAUGGGCGGAGAAAGCCGUGGACGCGCUGGUGAAGAAACUGAAGAAGAAGAAGGGAGCAAUGGAGGAGUUGGAGAGGGCUCUGAGCUGCCCAGGUCAGCCCAGUAACUGUGUCACCAUCCCUCGCUCCCUGGAUGGAAGACUCCAGGUGUCCCACAGGAAGGGCUUACCCCAUGUUAUCUACUGUAGGGUGUGGAGGUGGCCUGACCUGCAGUCUCAUCAUGAGCUCAAGGCUCUGGAGUGCUGUGAGUACCCGUUUGGCUCCAAGCAGAAGGAUGUCUGCAUCAACCCGUACCACUACAAGAGAGUGGAUAGUCCAGUGCUGCCCCCGGUGUUGGUCCCGCGGAAUAGCGAGUUCAAUGCCAAACACAGCAUGCUACCACGCUUCCGCAACCCUCUGCACCAGAACGAGCCCCACAUGCCCCAGAACGCCACCUUCCCAGAGUCCUUCUCCCAGGCGAACACACAGAUGAACUUCCCCCAGACACAGACACACUCCCCUGGGGGGAACAGCUACCCCGGCUCCCCUGGUAGUGGCAGCAGUGCAACCUUCCCCCACUCCCCCACCAGCUCUGACCCAGGCAGCCCAUUUCAGAUGCCAGGUGAACCGCCAGGUCAGAUGCCAGAGACCCCCCCUCCAGCCUACUUGCCCCCAGAGGAGCGGAUGACUCAGGACUGCCCUCAGCCCAUGGACACCAACCUGAUGGUCCCCGCGUUGCCCCUGGAGAUCAGCAACAGGCCAGAUGUUCAGCCGGUGGCCUACGAGGAACCUAAACACUGGUGCUCUAUAGUGUACUACGAGUUGAACAACCGGGUGGGCGAGGCAUUCCAGGCCAACUCUACCAGCGUCCUGGUCGACGGCUUCACCGACCCGUCCAACAACCGCAACCGUUUCUGCCUGGGCCUCCUCUCCAACGUCAACCGCAACUCAACCAUAGAGAACACCCGGCGACACAUUGGCAAAGGAGUCCACCUGUACUAUGUGGGUGGUGAAGUGUAUGCUGAAUGUCUGAGUGACAGCAGCAUCUUCGUCCAGAGUCGGAACUGUAACUACCACCAUGGCUUCCACCCCACCACCGUCUGUAAGAUCCCCAGCGGCUGCAGCCUCAAGAUCUUUAACAACCAGGAGUUUGCUGAGCUGCUGGCCCAGUCCGUCAACCACGGGUUUGAGGCUGUCUACGAGCUGACCAAGAUGUGCACCAUCCGCAUGAGCUUCGUCAAGGGCUGGGGUGCAGAGUACCACCGCCAGGACGUGACCAGCACCCCCUGCUGGAUUGAGAUCCACCUGCACGGUCCUCUGCAGUGGCUGGACAAGGUGCUAACCCAGAUGGGCUCCCCCCACAACCCCAUCUCCUCCGUGUCCUAGACUAAACUUUCCCCAGGCCCCAGGGCUGUCCAAACCCAGCAUUUAGGUUCCAGUGGGAUGGGUGGGUUUCAGGGUGGGGGACAAUUCUAAUUGAAAUCAGUCAAUUCAGGAAGUAAACUGGAAUUUUAAGAGAAUCUAAAUAAAAAUAGGAAAUUCAGUUUAUUUACUGUAUUGACUGAAUUUAAAUGGAAUUGACCCCAACCCUGGUGGGUUUGUACUUGAGGGAUUAUGUCUGAAAUUGGGCACAUUGCAGACUGGGAUGUGUGUGUGGGGGGUGGUGAGAUAGAAGCAUCUGGAAGAUACUUGAUCUUUGUGACCAACUGUAAUAAUUAUCAAUCAGACUCAAAUCAUUAUAAACGAAUCAUCAAUUCAGCAUUACGCAAAGUAUCCUCCUCAUAUGGGGCCCAUAUUCAGAAAGAGUCUGAACGAGGAUCAGAUUGGCCUUUUAGAUCAGAAUGAAUACAUUUAAAUGGACUGGGGGGACCUGAACAUAAAUCAGCACUCUAAUACGUGAAUAUGGGUCCCUGAUCUUGUUCUGGCAGUUUUCCCUCUUUUCCCUUCCCCUGUUUUUUGGGUUAUCAUUGGAAACCCAUACAGCCAGUUUCAUGUGUUGCUACAACGAUAAUAAAUGUGUACAGAAUUGGAAGGAUUGGAAGACAACCAAUAUGGAUGAAAAAAUUGAUAUGAACAUAUUUAGAACGUAGGAAGAUACUGAGGUCAGUAAAUACAAAUGUCUCCCCCAGAACCCUUUUUAAAGGUUUUGGCAAAUAAAAAGAGUUGAAGAAAAAGACCCCUACAUAAAAUCCCUUUAGAUUAUUUACAAACCCUGUCAUGAGGAGAAAUCAGGAGAGGGCAUCAGUGGGAGCGGGGUGGGAGAGUGAGGUGGGCAUUGUGGGAUUGUGCUCACAGGACAUAAGAUUUAAAAAAUUGUAUAUAAAUAAAUAUUUCUCUUCUUGUGUUACACCCGUGUUACAACUGAAUUAAACGAUUUUAAUCGUGUUUUAGGCAUACUCAACAUUAGAGCAAAGUGCUGUGCAGUCGGUUUUGCAAACGCGUAGCAAAUCACCGUUUGGCUUGUUUAGGUAGUGACUGAAGAAUGACACUAAACAGAUACAGAGACGGGCACAAGCGUAUAUGAUAGUUCAGUUUGACCCUAGCUGUGCAUGGUACAGCAAAAAAAAGAAAAUAAUCAAUUGUAGAGUCACAUAGAGCCCCAUAGUGGAGGUGUCAUAAUACCCAUAAAACCUAGUGGUCAAACAGGGAAAUGGUUCCAAUAAUUUUUCCCAUAGGGGAUUUCAGAAACACUUCAAAUAAGGACUGUGUUUUGUGUAGGCUUACCCUGGCGUGACGUUUUUGAUAACCAUGUAAAUUUAUCUUGGACAAGGUCACUUUUAUCAGUAUAUUACGCUAUUUACUCUUAGAUUUACAAAUCCCUUCAAGCUCCUGCACGUCAUCGCUAGCUGAUACCUUUGCUAACAGGUAUUGUCAAUUUAGAACUUGCACAAGACAGUUUACAGAAUUGUUAAUUUAAAGAAAUAUUACCAAUUUAUUCAUUACUGCAUUUAGCUAAUAUUAGAUAGUUAAUCCAGAGAUUCUUACCUUUGCCUCCAUUCGGCAGGCUCGUCCAGAUCAUCACGGCAUUUGUAGUUCUUUAUGAUAGCCACAUUAGCAGCUAAUUAGCGUUUCAUUUUUGGAGGCGAAUAUAUUACUAAAAGUCACCUUGUCCUAGAGAGAUUUACACGGUUAUCAAAAUGUCACGCCAGGGUAAGCCUUCAUGAAAUACAGCCCUCAUUUGAAAUGUUUCUAAAAUCCCUUAUGGGAAAAUGAAUGGUGGAAAAACGAUUGGAACCAUUUCUCUGUUUGACCGCUAGGGUUUAUGGAUAUUAUGACACGUGUGGUAAUCUAUUGGGGAUAUAUCUCUUCUGUUACAUUCUCUAAAGGCAUCAACUCAGCAAAACUUACAAAAAGACAGUUAAUAAAACAAUGGCAUCCUUCAGAACUUGUUGACCGAAAAAUAAAUAUUAGUUUCACUGGUGAGUAAGUUACUGAUGGCCCUAAUACAUGAUUUGAUCAUUUUAUAAAAAUGCAGACUGUUUUUAUCUUUCAAUUAUUUUAGGCUUAGAAAACCCCAUCCGCUAUUACAAGUUGUAUUGAUUUUUGUAUUGUUUUGAAUAUGUUUUCUUGAUGUUUCUUGUUAUCUGCACUUUCACAGAUUGUUGCCUCUUCUCUUAGUUUUUUUGUUUAGUUUUUUCUUUGCGCUGUUUUUGCUGAGUAGUACUCCCAGAAAGCAGUUUUAUUCCAUGAAUAUCAAGUCUCUACUGGAAGAAUCAAUAAAUAAAGUUGUUUCAUUACCUGU